UCUUGUGAUGGGUCUUCAAACUUAUAUAUACUAUUAUAAGUAAUCGACAAGCCAAUUUCUAUUUCAAUUCAUCGAAUAUUAUUUCUAUUUUGCAUCACCUACCCAGCAGAUAUACAAUGAGAAUCUUCAAAGAUGUAAUUGUUUUGGCUAUGUUAUGUAGUGUUUUGUGUUGGGUAUUGGCGGGGUGGAUUUGGAAGAAACGCAGCCGCCGGAGCGUAAUUCCCACGAAUUGGCCUGUCGUCGGAAUGUUGCCGGCGCUCCUAAAGAACGCCGGCCGCCUCCACGAAUAUGGAACAGAUAUUCUCCGAGAAAGUGGUGGGACAUUUGAGAUCAAAGGUCCAUGGUUUGCUAACACGGACAUGCUUAUCACCUGCGACCCUGCUAACGUCGAUCACAUCCUCUGCAGAAACUUCGAGAACUAUCCCAAGGGUCCUCGUUUGCGGAAAAUAUUUCACGUCCUCGGAGAUGGAAUGGUAAGCGUGGACUCGGAGCUAUGGGAGCUUCACCGGAGGACCACCACGCCGCUGAUGAACCAGGCCAAUUUCCGCACUUCGUUGGAGAGGAACGUGUCGGAGAAGAUGGAGAAUGGGUUGUUUCCUGUGCUUGACCAUUACGCUCUACAAGGGUCCCACAUCGAUUUGCAGGAAAUUUUCCAGAGAAUGGCUUUCGAUAUAAGCUGUCAGCAGUUUCUGGACAAGGAUCCCGGCAGUCUAACCGCCGACCAUCCAUUCCGAAAGGCUGUCAGGGAUGCCGUGAACGCUAUUCUCUACAGACAUAUACUCCCCGAAAGGUGUUGGAAACUGCAGAAAUAUUUUGGGAUUGACAGAGAGAAGAAUCUUUCUGAAGCUGAUCGGGCUUUCGAUAACUUCUUAUAUCCCAUCCUUGAAGAGAGGAUGGAACAGCUCAACAAAACCCAGCAACCACACGAUUCCGGAAUGCUGACGUCACACAUCGAAACUCACAGAGGAAAGUCGAUGAAGUUUCUCAGAGACACCUUUGUGACAUUGAUCAUCGCCGGAGGAGACACCACGGCUUCGGCGCUCACUUGGUUCUUUAUGCUCCUUGCACAAAACCCUCAGGUUGAAGCAAACAUCCUCCACGACAUCCUUCAACUCAAACAAAACAAGCUUAUUAGGAUUUUUAAGGUAGAAGAAUGCCAGAAGUUAACCUACCUCCACGCCGCCAUUUUUGAAUCUCUCAGGUUAUUUCCUUCCGUUCCUUUAAACCACAAGAUCCCGAUGGAGAAAGAUAUUCUCCCCAGCGGCCACGUUGUUACUCCAAACACAAAAAUAAUAAUGCCAUUUUAUUCCAUGGGGAGGAUGGAUACAGUGUGGGGUGAAGACUGCAUGGAGUUCAAGCCCGAGAGAUGGAUUUCUCCCAAUGGCAAAAUCAAACGCCAACCUUCUUACAAGUAUCCAGUCUUCAAUGCUGGACCCAGAACUUGCAUAGGCAGGGAUAUGGCUUUGGCUAUGGUGAAAAUGAUUGCAGCUACCAUAAUAUGUAACUAUCAAUUUCAGCUUGUGGAACCUCAUCAUUCAGAAAUUCUGAUUAGCGAUACAAUUCUUCUGGAAAAGAAACAUGGUUUGAAGGUCAAAUUCAGCAAACGCAAGUAAUAAAACUAUAGGCUUUCAUUCCCUACUCUGAUCUCUACUAUCAUAUUAUUUAGUGCAAGUCUUGUGUUAAAAACACUAGUAUUUAUGAUUAUGUACGUAUGAUUCUCAGUCAGCAUAAGUAUUCCUUGUAAGAAUUUUAUAUCCCUGACAUUAUUGAUAAAUGCUUGUGCAGAAUUGAUAAUGAGUUUUGCUCAGGUUAAAUAAAAUGUAUGCGUCUUGUUCGUCUUUAAUUUUUUUUAUGUAAUGAUAAAGCUUUCUAUGUGCUUAAUAAAGUAUUCCGUUAUGAA